AGCUGCAGCUCUGGAACAGUUCAAGUCUCUUGGUGCUGAGCCUUUGGAAGUAGACUUAAAAGAGUCUGGAGAGGGACAAGGUGGUUAUGCUAAAGAAAUGUCCAAAGAAUUUAUUGAAGCCGAAAUGAAACUCUUUGCCAAGCAGUGCCAAGAUGUCGACAUUAUCAUCACUACAGCACUUAUUCCAGGCAAAAAAGCUCCCAUAUUGUUCAAGAAAGAUAUGAUUGAAUCAAUGAAAGAAGGUUCAGUUGUUGUGGAUUUAGCUGCAGAAGCAGGAGGAAACAUUGAGACAACAAAGCCUGGAGAAUUAUAUGUUCAUAAGGGUGUUACACACAUAGGCUACACAGACCUGCCUAGCAGAAUGGCUACUCAGGCCAGUAGUCUAUAUUCCAAUAAUAUUAUCAAACUCCUAAAGGCUAUUAGCCCUGACAAAGAGAACUUCUACUUUGAUCCAAAAGAUGAAUUUGAUUAUGGGACUCUGGAUCAUGUUAUCAGAGGAACUGUAGUAAUGAAGGAUGGCAAGGUGAUUUUCCCAGCACCUCCACCAAAUAAUAUUCCUCAAGGAGCCCCUGUGAAGCAGAAGACUGUAGCAGAGCUGGAAGCGGAAAAAGCAGCUACUAUUACACCUUUUAGAAAAACUAUGACUAGUGCGUCUGUAUACACAGCAGGUUUAGCCGGCAUGUUAGGACUGGGCAUUGUAGCUCCCAAUAAUGCUUUCACACAAAUGGUGACAACAUUUGGUCUAGCUGGAAUAGUGGGGUAUCAUACGGUGUGGGGUGUGACUCCUGCUCUUCACUCUCCACUCAUGUCAGUGACUAAUGCUAUCUCAGGACUAACUGCAGUUGGUGGGCUGGUAUUGAUGGGAGGAAACUACCUCCCUGAAAACACUCCUCAAAGUCUAGCAGUGCUUUCAGCCUUUAUCUCUUCAGUAAAUAUUGCAGGUGGGUUUCUAGUUACACAGAGAAUGCUGGAUAUGUUCAGACGUCCCACAGAUCCUCCUGAGUACAACUACUUGUACCUGCUUCCUGGUGGUGUAUUUGUAGGAGGCUAUGCAGCUGCUCUCAACGGUGGCUAUAAUAUUGAGCAGAUGAUGUAUCUGGGCUCAGGCUUAUGCUGUGUUGGGGCCCUGGCUGGUCUGUCCACCCAAGGAACAGCUCGUCUUGGAAAUGCUUUGGGUAUGAUUGGUGUUGCAGGAGGUUUAGCUGCAACUCUUGGAGGCCUUAAACCCUCACCUGAAUUGUUGGCACAGAUGUCGGGUGCAAUGACAUGUGGUGGUACCAUAGGUUUGAUGAUUGCUAAACGCAUCCAGAUUUCAGAUCUGCCUCAGCUAGUGGCUGCUUUCCACAGUUUGGUUGGUUUGGCUGCUGUGCUCACCUGUGUAGCAGAAUACAUGAUUGAAUACCCUCACUUUGCUACUGAUCCAGCUGCAAACCUCACCAAGGUUGUGGCGUACCUUGGCACAUACAUUGGUGGAGUGACUUUCAGUGGCUCUCUUGUUGCUUAUGGAAAACUGCAAGGUAUCCUGAAUUCUGCACCACUGCUCUUGCCUGGUCGACAUGCGUUGAAUGCAGGAUUGCUGGCUGCCAGCGUUGGCGGAAUGAUUCCAUACAUGAUUGAUCCUAGUUACACUACGGGAAUUACUUGCUUAGGUUCUGUGUCAGUUCUCUCAGCCGUAAUGGGUGUCACUUUAACAGCAGCUAUUGGAGGUGCUGACAUGCCUGUAGUUAUUACUGUCCUGAACAGUUAUUCUGGAUGGGCUUUGUGUGCUGAGGGCUUCCUACUGAACAACAACUUGCUGACCAUUGUUGGUGCACUCAUUGGUUCCUCUGGCGCCAUCCUCUCUUACAUCAUGUGUGUGGCUAUGAACCGUUCCCUUGCAAAUGUGAUUCUAGGGGGCUAUGGCACCACAUCAACAGCUGGUGGGAAGCCCAUGGAAAUUACUGGAACCCACACAGAAAUCAAUGUGGACAAUGCAAUUGAAAUGAUAAAGGAAGCCAAUAAUAUUAUUAUUACUCCAGGUUAUGGUUUGUGUGCAGCAAAAGCUCAGUACCCCAUAGCUGACCUGGUGAAGAUGUUGAGAGAACAAGGGAAAAAUGUCAGGUUUGGUAUUCACCCUGUGGCUGGUCGUAUGCCUGGUCAGCUCAAUGUACUCCUGGCAGAAGCUGGUGUUCCCUAUGAUAUUGUACUGGAAAUGGAUGAGAUCAAUGAAGACUUCCCAGAAACUGACUUGGUCCUUGUAAUUGGUGCAAAUGAUACAGUUAAUUCAGCAGCUCAGGAAGAUCCAAACUCUAUUAUAGCUGGAAUGCCAGUUCUUGAGGUCUGGAAGUCCAAACAGGUCAUUGUAAUGAAGAGAUCUUUGGGAGUCGGUUAUGCAGCGGUGGACAACCCAAUCUUCUACAAACCCAACACUGCCAUGUUGUUGGGAGAUGCUAAGAAGACUUGUGAUGCCCUGCAGGCCAAAGUCAGGGAAUCAUAUCAAAGCUAAAUACUCAUGAUUGGAACUAUGGUUUUGUCACAGAGGUCAUGGAAGACAAGAGUUAGAAGAAGUCUCUUACUGUAAUAAUGCAGCCAGCAUUUGGAGAAGACUGCAUUGACUCCUAGGAGAUAUAGUUCAGUCAGGGAAUGUAGACUUUUAUGAAAGAAUGGACACAUUAGCACUUGAAACUAAAUCUCCCAUGAGGCAAUGCAUAAAGAAUGAAAAUGUGCUUUUUAAGGUUAGUAUUGAGCUGUUAGAAACAGGAACUAAUAACUUGUGGUCAUCUUUAAGUAGUUAUUGGUUUCUUCCUCCUAACUGUUUGUAC